AUGGCCAACGACCCCCACACGCCGAAGGGGAUGGGUCUGCCUCGCUUCGGGAUGGUCCUCGAGCCUCCCGACAUCCUGCUGUUCGAGUUGGGGGCACUUUCGCUGGCAAACUUUUCCACCGAACUGUUGGACCAGUUUGACAGUCCCACGCCGACAAAACCCUCGCAAAGUCCAUUCCGCCACGCCCGCCGCCUGCUGGUGGGGUCACCAUUGGCAGGCCGUCAGGGGCGGCCGAUGCUGGCGGUGCUUGGCGAGAACGAUCUCGUCAAUCUCCCUCGACUGCGCAACCUGAUGGGACCCAUCCCCAAACUGGUGAGUAUCAACCUGCUUUACGCGUCAAAAGAGUUUGGACCCAUGUUGGGCCCACCGAGGAUUGUUGAAUCGAGUCCCGGAAGCCACCAGCGGCUGCCACGGUCAAGACCGGUGCUGUUUAUUGCUCCCUCGGACUCGCCGGUCGUGCUCGAAGAUGAAGAGUUGAUGCUGACACCACCAGCACCAAACAAUCCCUUUAAUUUCACAUCACAAAACUUGAGCAAUACCAAUUUGCUGGUGAAGCCUGCCCAUCGGCGAGGACACAAAUACAAGCAUUCGUCAGUGUCGAUGAACUUGUUUCAAGAACCGCCGCCGGCGACGAUAUCGGUGACUGAUCCGUUACCUGAAACCAUGCCAUUACCUCUGAAGUCUGAGGUAUUAAGCAGUAUUAAUACCACUCAAAAACUCAAGCUAUUUUGGCUGGCAGUACAUUUUACGCUUGCAUUGGCGGUAUUUUUGAUUGGGUUUCGAUGGAAGAUCCUGGUGUUCCUGACACUUGCCCAUCUAAUUUUCUACGACGCCCUCGGACUGUUGUUGGUGGUGACAGUUGAUAUUAUGCUGAAUUUUGACAUGUGGAACAAACUGCUGCUUAGGUACCCAUUUGGGCUCGGGCGCCUCGAAGUGCUCGUAGCGUUUGCUCUUUCGGCCCUGUUACUUAUGGUGGCGUUUGAUCUCGUCAGUCACUUUGUUGAGGGUGUGAUGAUAGAAAUGUUGGGUCUGGAUGAACCUCAUGAACAUCUGGGCCAUCACAUCCACGACGAAGGCGAGGUUACCAAUUGGUUAGGCUACGAACUAGUUCUUCUUGUGACGGUGGCGGUGACGCUUUUCACCACGUUCACCGUUCGUACCAAUCGGAUCAAUCAGAUGGUCAGUGACGAGGAUGACGUCCUCAACCCUGAGCGCGAUACGUUGUCGAAGCUGCUUAGUCAAUAUCUCCGGCUGUGGACCCGCAAUCCGACGCAUAUUUUGACGCUAGGGUACACGGCGUACCUUAUGGUGCAACCGUUGGUGCCUCUGCUUGCCGAUGUGCAUGAGCUCGUGUCGCUUUGUGUCGCUCUUAUGUUGCUCACGAUUGGGUGGCGCUUAGUGAAGCAGUUGGGGCUGAUAUUAUUGUGUGCUUACCCGGCUAACGACUAUGAUUAUGAUACCCUCAAGUCGACGAUAACUAAUGAGAUUACUGCGCUCGACUUUUUCCGACAUGAGUGGCGUAUCGAGCAGAUGUUCAUCACCAAGUUCAAUUACGACCGGGUGGUGGUUGGGAUGAAGAUUGAAAUGCGCGGUGCCACGGCUGACGACGAUCUGCGGGUCCGAUUCGAGGUCAACCGGAUUGUGCGGCGCCAUCUUGCGCUUCGAGAUGAUCCCAAGACGGUGGAAAUAACCCUAGACAUCCAUCGUGUUUAG